AUGCUAUCCUCCGCCACCGCCUUCACACCGCUCUAUACCUCAUCGCGCGGUGAUCAAAUAAUUUCACUCAAUCGCGAUAGUAACAGCAGUACCGCCAUGUUUCUACCUCUGUUCUUCAACAGCCCCGACGACCGCCGCCACAGGGAGGGGUUUUAUUCCCGGCGCCAUCUCCUCGGCCGUAGCGCCCGUAUGCCCCUCCACGACGAUCUCCUCCUCAACGGGUAUUACACAACUCGUCUGUGGAUCGGGUCUCCGCCGCAGAGAUUUGCUUUGAUAGUGGAUACCGGCAGCACCGUGACGUAUGUUCCCUGCUCCACUUGCGAACAGUGUGGCAAGCAUCAGGAUCCAAGAUUUAAACCAGAUUUGUCAAGCACCUACCAACCUGUCAAGUGCAACAUUGACUGUGCUUGUGAUAAUGCCAGAGAGCAAUGUAUUUAUGAAAGACAAUAUGCAGAAAUGAGUUCUAGCAGUGGGGUAUUGGGUGAGGAUAUUGUGUCGUUUGGAAACCAAAGUGAAUUAGAGCCACAACGGGCUGUUUUUGGUUGUGAGAAUAUGGAAACAGGUGACCUUUACAGUCAGCAUGCUGAUGGUAUAAUGGGUCUAGGUCGAGGGGAUCUUAGUAUUGUGGAUCAACUUGUUGAGAAGGGUGUAAUUAGCGAUUCAUUUUCCCUUUGCUACGGCGGAAUGGAUGUGGGUGGUGGGGCAAUGGUUCUUGGAGGAAUAUCAUCUCCUGCUGAUAUGGUCUUUGCCCAUUCAGACCCUGUGCGCAGUCCAUAUUACAAUAUAGAGCUGAGGGAGAUACAUGUUGCUGGAAAGAAGCUCUCUCUUACUCCCAGGAUUUUUAAUGGUAAACAUGGAACUGUUUUGGAUAGUGGCACAACAUACGCAUACUUUCCGGAGGUGGCAUUUAAAGCAUUCAAAGACGCUAUAUUUAAGGAAGUCCAUACCCUAAAGAGAAUACAAGGUCCAGAUCCUAAUUACAAUGAUAUCUGUUUCUCAGGUGCUGGAAGUGAUGUUGCACAACUCUCGAAUGUCUUUCCGUCAGUUGAAAUGGUGUUCGACCAUGGACAGAAGCUCUUGUUGUCCCCUGAAAAUUACUUGUUCAGACAUUCAAAGGUGCAUGGUGCUUACUGCCUUGGAAUUUUUCAGAAUGGAAAAGAUCCAACCACUCUCUUGGGAGGUAUUGUUGUUCGGAAUACUUUUGUAACCUAUGACCGCGAACAUGAAAAGAUUGGUUUCUGGAAAACUAACUGCUCUGAAUUAUGGGAAAGACUUCACCCAUCCACUGCCCCUCCCCCGCCAUCUUCUGGCACAGAUGAAGUGAACUCAACCAUGGAUACGAGCCCUUCGGUGGUUCCUGCAGAGCCUUCGCCGCCCAUAGGUCCAGGGGAAAUCAAAAUAGGUUUAAUAACCUUUUAUAUGUUAUUGGCCGUGAAGUACCCAGUGUUAAAGCCUCAUAUCUCAGAACUUGCUCAGUCUAUUGCGAAGGAGUUACAUGUUAAUUCUUCUCAGGUCCAACUUAUGAAUGUUACUUCAAGAGAUAACGAUACACUUAUAAGAUGGGCUGUUCUCCCAGCAGAAUCUGCUGAUUUUAUUUCUAAUGCUACCGCCACAGAUAUAAUAUUCAAGUUGAAUGGAAGUCAUAUACAUCUCCCUGACACCUUUGGAAGUUACAAAUUGUUUGAAUGGAAAAUUGAGCCACCACCAGAAAGGAGUUGGUGGCGAAAACAUUAUUUGGCUGUAAUUUGGGCAUUGAUUAUUUUGAUUGUAACUGGAUUAUUGGCAUCUGGAGCAUGGAUCAUUUGGAAGAGGAAUAAAUCAGUACUGGCAUACAAACAUGUUGAUUCUGUUGUAGCCGAGCAAGAACUCCAGCCGUUACAGAACUAA